AUGAAUCUUGCAGAACAUGCGGAAGCUGUGAUAGCAGGAAAGCAUCCAGGUUAUGACCCUUAUGCACUUGAUGGCAUCGAAAAAUCAAUUGAUGCAAUAUGGGAGAAGCAAAUCAAGCUCAUAUUGAAUGCCGGAGCCCUUAAUCCGAGGGGUUUGGCGAAAGAAGUAUCAGAUCUGAUUCGGUCACGGGGAUAUGAUUUAAAAGUAGCGUAUGUUGCCGGCGAUAAUCUUCUUGAAGAAGUGCGAAAGAGCCUGGAGAUAACGGGUCAAUUACCCGCCCACCUUGAUUCCAACAAUGACCAAGUCCAAUUACAAGCGCAUGCUACAGAUUUGUUGGAUACACAUAAAAAGCCGGUUGUUUCUGCAAAUGCAUACCUAGGAGCUAGGGCAAUUGUGAAAGGAUUGGAGCAAGGCGCGGAUAUCAUCAUCUGCGGCCGUGUAGCUGAUGCCUCGCCUGUGAUUGGAGCCGCAUGGUUCUGGCACGGUUGGAGUGACACUGACUACGACGCUUUAGCAGGCGGAUUGGUAGCAGGCCAUCUGAUCGAAUGUUCCGCAUAUGUCACGGGGUCCAACUUUUCUGGGUUUACGGAGUUCGAUACGGAUAUGUUCCUUGAUCUACCGUUUGGCAUUGCUGAAGUGGCCGAAGACGGAACGACUGUGGUCACGAAGCACGAGAAUACCAAAGGCCUGGUCAAUGCAGAUGUGGUCAAAUGCCAGUUCUUAUAUGAAUUGCAAGGAGAUGUUUAUUUGAACAGCGAUGUUAAAGCAUAUACUCGAGACAUUGUGAUCGAGAACAUCGGUAAAGAUCGAGUUAAGGUCUCCGGGGUAAAGGGGGCACCGCCGCCUCCAACCACGAAGCUUGCAAUUUUUUAUCGAGGAGGAUACGAGGGCCAACUCCUUGUAAAUGCAACAGGAUACGGAACUGAUAAAAAAUGGGAGCUGUUCGAGAAGCAGGUGAGGUUUGGGCUCCAAAAAAGUGGCUAUGGAGACAAAUUUCAAUUCCUGGAAUUUCAAAUCGCAGAAGACUCUAGACUUGAGGACAAGUUGAACGAACGGCGAAUCACAGGGUUCCAUCUUUCACUGGACAUGCGAACCGCAAUACCUCGGCCAUAUUUGGCCUUCUAUCCUGCUCUCUACCCCCAACAGGCACUGAAUGAGACGGUGACUUUCUUGAACCCCAGCGGAGCGGAUGACUUUAGCAUUGCAGCAGGACAUCCUUCGCGGUACGAGCCACUUGAGGCUCGAUGUAAUUAUGAAACAAAUGGCCCAUGCGACCUUUGCUCCUUCGGACCUAUGAAGACUGUCCGUUUGGGCGAUAUCGCCCUCGGGCGGUCCGGAGAUAAGGGGGCGAAUAUUAACAUCGGGCUGUUUGUUCGAUCGGUAGCCUCAUGGGACUGGUUUCGUACCUUUAUGACGCGUGAAAGAAUCCGCGAGCUACUGGGCCAGGACGAUCGGGGAUAUUUUAUUGAAAGGGUCGAGUUUCCCAAUCUCCUGGCUGUACACUUUGUGAUCUAUGGGAUUCUUGGGCGCGGAGUUAGCAGUUCGACGAAACUUGAUUGCCUGGGAAAAGGAUUUGCAGAUUAUCUUCGGGAUAAAUGGGUUGAGGUCCCCACACAGUUUUUGGAAGCUUCUGCGAAUCUCUAG